AUGAAUGACGAGCAAGCGACCACAGAGCUACAUUCAACGGACCGGGAAAUUAGAAAGACAAUGAGUGAGAUUGGCGAUCGAGGCCAACUACGAAAAUCAGCAUGCUUACAGAACCGACUUGAUCAAAUGCAAGCUGAUAUUCAAGUCACUCAUCAGAUGAUAGGGGACUUGACCACACUUUUAUGCCAACAACUGCAGACAUCCAAUUCUUCAAAUUAUAUAAACCAGAAAUUUAAUGAAGCAUCACCUUCAUAUUUAACAGUUUUGGCCAAGAGCUCAUCACUUCAGUCUUUGGUAGAAAAUGGCAUUGCUCCUAUGGUUUUGAGUUCAUCAGAUUAUCUCGAUACAAAUUAUGCUACUUCAAAUUCUCGCUUUAAUACUCGGACAGAAAUACAAACAAAUGUUCAUAAGAGUCGUAUUGGAUUGAUGCAAGGAUCCAAUUCGGCUUUAACAAGUUUCCCCCCACUUGAUGGCCUAAAAAAGAAAAAGCUUGGGCUUGUUGUUCUGAAUAAUAAAUUGAUGGCAUUUCAGAAGGCCCUCAUUCGAAGUCAAGAUUUUCAAAAAAAUCAAGCGGAUGCCUCGAGUGAGACAGCAACAACGAUGACACCUAAUGAUGCAAAUGCACCAGCAACGGUGUCAUCUGAUCAAGAAAAUACAUGUGCAUUGAUUGAGGAGGAUAUGGUCACACGGCGCUUCUCCAUUUCUUUGACGUUGGAUAUUCAAAACAAAACGAAGAAGCGACUUAAUAGCUUGUUCACCGUUGGUCAGCGUACAGAUGCAGCAGUCACACCAGAGGACAUUCUAUCAGCUCGAAACCUUGAAGGAAAACUUGAUAAGUUCACACUGUACCAUGAAUCUCCAUACCGCUAUGCCUGGGAUUUGUUGAUUAUGGCCAUGAUUCUCCUUGAUGUCAUUUUGACUCCACUCGCGCUCGGGUUUCACAUCACUCCAGUUUAUAUGGAUGGUUUAAAUGUCUGUGGCACAAUUCUUUUCGUGAUUGAUUUUAUUGUCCACAUCUUCUCGUCUUACACCGAUGAACGCGGGUAUCUCAUCUCGGGGCCCAAAAAGACAGCUACGAAUUAUCUACUUAGUGGAUGGGCUAUUCCCGACUUUCUCAGCUGGUUUCCGUUUGAGUUGCUUGCGUCUUCAAGCAAAGGAAGAGUGCUUAGUUUCACGAAAAUCUUCCGACUUGUGAAAGUGAGUCAUGUAGCACGAAAGUUCAACUCCGCCAAAAAGGCUGGUAUCUUACGAUUCAUUCUGCUGCUAAGCAUCGUUCUGACCAUUGUUCAUUUGCUGGCGUGCUACUGGAGCUGGGUGGCCUACGGUUGGCGUGCUCAUCUUGAUGAUUAUACAUUUGUUCCGCAAUCUUUGUUCGACGAGUACGUCUUGUGCUGGUCGCUAGUAAUUGGCUGCUUGAACGCAAGCCCCCCUGCAAUGUAUACUGCAAUUGAACAGAUCUCAGUGGCUUGUUUCAUGCUAAUCGGUAAUGUUCUUCAAGCCAGUGUCUUUGGUUCUGUUGCUGUGCUCAUUUCGUCUCUUGACGAAGAUGAGACGGCGUACAACAAAAAAAUUAUCUCAACGUCGGAACGGUGUCAAUUUCUGGGCAUUUCAGAUAAACUCACCAAGCGUAUUCGUGGAUACUACGAGAAUCUGUGGCGAGAAACUAAGAGUAUCAGUAGUGAUGCUGACGCAUUCAUUAAUGAACUUUCUCCUGCACUAAUAUGCGAAGUCAAAUUUCAGCUCUAUCGCGAUAUGCUCAAGCAAAUUCCAUUCUUAUCGGCUAAGACACUUGCGCCAGCGGUUAUUGAAAUGCUUAUUCUGCACUUGCGAACGAUCAUUUACACGCAGGAUGACGUCUUGAUACGCAAAGGUGAAUUUGGCGAUUGGAUGGGUUUUAUUGGGUCCAAAGGAUCUGUAGGUGUACUUGAUCCGACCACUGACACACGAAAAAUCAUCCGAAUCCUUCGGAAAGGAGAUUAUUUUGGUGAAAUGGCACUUUUACAGCGUGCAAAGCGUUCGACUACUGCCGUGGCUUUAACUUGGGUUCAAAUUCACGUAUUGUGUCGUGGGGAUCUCGAUAGUGUAAAAGAACAAUAUCCAACUCAAACCGAGAUUCUUGAACGUGAAAUCAAUAAGUACAUGCAAUCUAAAAGUCAAACUUUGCUUAAAAUACCUGCACCUGACAGCAGCAGCCGAAUGCUUGACUAUCUAUCCUCGACUGAAAAUGAAAUUCUAAAUCACGAAGAAAUUAGUCGCGAAGAAUUUGAGCGAUUUGAAGUGCGUCUUGACGAGAUGCAAAACAGUAUUCUGACAGUCAACAGUAUGCUACGCGAGCUGACUUCUUUGGUGUAUAGACAGCAUCAGAUAACAGUAAAGAAGAAGUUAAAGCAUCGACGUCAUAGUGAUACUGCGUCAGACAGUAUGCUCACACUGACUCCAUCGGUUAAUAGUUUAACCAACAAUCAGCGUCUCAGCAAUGCUGCGUCGCCUUCGAUUCCAGCGCUGGAAAGAAAGCUGAUCGAAACGCCAAUUGAUUCUUCCGCAGGAUUCGCUGGUUCCCAAAACGAAUCUCCGCAGAAUCUUCCAAGCCUUCAACCAACGAUUGGAGCAGAAGAAGAUCGUACAUUAGAGCACACGUUGCCUCAGCUUUCAAAAUCUGGUUCCAUUCAAGACCCAAAAAUAAAAAAGUUGAGUAUGCCAAUGGCUGUUCCGGACUUAGCACUGUCGUCCGAGUGGCUUUCGAAGAAGGAAGGAAGUCAAGCUUUCAUACCACAAGCGAGAUCGCAAAUCUCGUCCAAAAUAUGGCUGCCAUAUUCAGCUCGAAAGAGCAAAAUAUCACCCGCAAUCAAAGCGCCGAAGCUGACGAAGCUGGGUUCAGGAGACCGGGACUUGCUGAGUCGGCGCUUUUCUGUUAGCUCAAUUGAUAUGCCCAGUUCUCAAAGCUUGACACUCCGACAAUCGACAGAAAAUCUAGACGAAUGCGUAGAACCGGGUAUUACACCGGAGGAAAUUAUGUCUGCAAGAAAGCUUGAAGGAGAUGUUAGCCGAUUUACGCUUCGCCAUGACUCAGUAUACCGCACAAUAUGGGAUCUGUUGGUUAUUGUUCUGAUCAUACUUGAUCUUGUCUUCACGCCUCUUACCCUUGGGUUCAGAUAUUCGUCGGUGUUUUUAAAAUACUACAGCUCGUUGGAGUCGGUAGUAUUUGCAGCUGAUUUCUUUGCGCGGAUGUUUUCCUCUUAUGCGGAUGAACAUGGAAAUCUCAUUUCUGGACCCAAGCAAACUGCCACCAAUUAUUUGCUUAGUGGAUGGGCCUUGCCGGAUUUCUUAAGCUGGUUUCCCUUUGAAUUAUUCGGGAACUCGGCGCACAGCGAUGUUAUUGGAGUAUUUAAAAUUUUUAGAUUAGCCAAAGUAAGUCACUUGGCAUAUCGACUCAAUUCCGCCAAAAAAGCUGGCCUUGUUCGAUUUGUUCUUCUUCUUGGACUUGUGCUGACGAUUGUACACUUGCUAACUUGUUACUGGAGUUGGGUCGCAACAGGCUGGCGAGCCCACGUAAACGAAGGAAAUUUUAUUCCACAGUCACUCUUUGACGAGUACAGUCUUUGCUGGUCGCUUGUUAUUGGGUGUGUAAAUGCCAGUCCUCCGCUAAUGUACACCACCGCAGAAUUCAUUUCGGUAGCUUGCUUUAUGCUGAUCGGAAAUAUCCUACAAGCUAGUGUCUUUGGAGCCGUCGCAGCAUUAAUUGCAUCGAUUGACGAGAAGGAGGCAGCAUAUAGCAAGAAAAUUAUCUCGACAUCUGAACGUUGCCGCUUUCUUGGAAUAUCUGACGAACUUGCAAAGCGAAUUCGUGGAUAUUAUGAAAAUUUAUGGCGCGAAACAAAGAGCGUUAAUGCUGACGCUGAUGCUUUUAUCAAUGAAUUGUCUCCGGCACUUAUAUGUGAGGUAAAAUUUCAGCUUUAUCGGGAUAUGCUCAAACAAAUUCCUUUUUUAUCAGCAAAAACUUUGGCUCCAGCUGUAAUCGAAGUGCUCGUAUUACGCUUGCGUACAGUUAUUUACAUGCAAGACGACGUAUUAAUCCGAAAGGACGAUUUCGGAGAUUGGAUGGGAUUUAUUGGCUCAAAAGGAACGGUGGGGGUACUAGAUCCCAAUUCGAAAACAGUAAGAAUAAUUCGAAUUCUGUACAAAGGCGAAUACUUCGGAGAAAUGGCCUUGUUGCAACACAUCAAACGGAUCUCGACUAUGUUCGAGAGCUCUAUCCCACUCAAGCGGAGGUUCUUGCAAGCGAAAUGUCCAAAUACAUGA